GAUCGGCCGGGAGCCGGCGGCGGGGGGCGGCGGCCGGGGUCGGGGCCGCGGGCGCCGCCGGGGCUCGCGGGGCGGCGGCGGCGGGGGGCGAGGGGGCUCGGGCGCGCGGGAGCGGGAGCCGCCCGGGGAGCCCGAGCGCACCAUGGAGGCGGCGGCGGGCGGCCGCGGCGGCUUCCAGCCGCACCCGGGGCUGCAGAAGACGCUGGAGCAGUUCCACCUGAGCUCCAUGAGCUCCCUGGGCGGCCCGGCCGCCUUCUCGGCGCGCUGGGCGCAGGAGGCCUACAGGAAGGAGAGCGCCAAGGAGGCGGCCGCGGUGCCGGCGCCGCUGCCCGCGGCCGCCGAGCCGCCGCCCGUGCUGCACCUGCCCGCCAUCCAGCCGCCGCCGCCCGUGCUGCCCGGGCCCUUCUUCAUGCCGUCCGACCGCUCCACCGAGCGCUGCGAGACGGUGCUGGAGGGCGAGACCAUCUCGUGCUUCGUGGUGGGCGGCGAGAAGCGCCUGUGCCUGCCGCAGAUCCUCAACUCGGUGCUGCGCGACUUCUCGCUGCAGCAGAUCAACUCGGUGUGCGACGACCUGCACAUCUACUGCUCGCGCUGCACGGCCGACCAGCUGGAGAUCCUCAAAGUCAUGGGCAUCCUGCCCUUCUCGGCGCCCUCGUGCGGGCUCAUCACCAAGACCGACGCCGAGCGCCUGUGCAACGCGCUGCUCUACGGCGGCGCCUACCCGCCGCCCUGCAAGAAGGAGCUGGCGGCCGGCCUGGCGCUGGGCCUGGAGCGCAGCGAGCGCAGCGUGCGCGUGUACCACGAGUGCUUCGGCAAGUGCAAGGGGCUGCUGCUGCCCGAGCUCUACAGCAGCCCCAGCGCCGCCUGCAUCCAGUGCCUGGACUGCCGCCUCCUGUACCCGCCGCACAAGUUCGUGGUGCACUCGCACAAGGCCCUGGAGAACCGGACCUGCCACUGGGGCUUCGACUCGGCCAACUGGCGGGCCUACAUCCUGCUGAGCCAGGACUACACGGGCAAGGAGGAGCAGGCCCGGCUCGGCCGCUGCCUCGACGACGUCAAGGAGAAAUUCGACUAUGGCAACAAGUACAAGCGGCGGGUGCCUCGGGUCGCCGAGCCUCCAGCCUCCGUAAGAGCCAAAACAGACGACGCCUCUUCCCAGUCCCCCGCGUCUUCCGACAAGGACAAGUCGUCCAGCUGGCUGCGAACACUGCCUGGCUCCUCCAACAAGGGCCUCAGCUGUGUGCACCCUCGCCAGCGCCUCUCUGCGUUCCGACCCUGGUCCCCCGCAAUCUCCAGUGAGAAGGAGCUGUCACCCCACCUGCCGGCCCUGAUCCGAGACAGCUUUUACUCCUACAAGAGCUUUGAGACUGCCGUGGCCCCCAACGUGGCCCUUGCGCCACCAGCCCCCAAGGUCGUGAGCAGCCCGCCGUGCACCAUCGUGUCCCGGGUGCCAGAACCUCUCCCCACGGGCAUCCAGCCACGGAAGCGAAAGCUGGCAGCGGAUGCCCCUGGAGCCCCAGAGGUGCUGGCACCUGGCCCUGGCCCGGAGGAAGACAAGGACUCUGAGGCAGAGGUGGAAGUGGAGAGCAGAGAAGAAUUCACCUCCUCCCCGUCCUUUGCCUCGUCCAGCUCCGCCAAAGACCUGAGCUCCCCAGGCGUGCGUGCCCCACCCUCGGCUGUCCCAGACCCCGCUGCCCAGGCCGAUACUCCGAGCGGGCUGGAGGCGGAGCUGGAGCACCUGCGACAGGCCCUGGAGGGCGGCCUGGACACUAGGGAGGCCAAGGAGAAGUUCCUGCACGAGGUGGUCAAGAUGCGCGUGAAGCAAGAGGAGAAGCUGAGCGCCGCCCUGCAGGCCAAGCGGAGCCUGCACCAGGAGCUGGAGUUCCUGCGCGUGGCCAAGAAGGAGAAGCUGCGGGAGGCCACGGAGGCCAAGCGCAGCUUGCGGAAGGAGAUUGAGCGGCUCCGCGCCGAGAACGAGAAGAAGAUGAAGGAGGCCACCGAGGUGCGCCUGCGCCUCAAGCGGGAGCUGGAGCAGGCGCGGCAGGCCCGGGUAUGCGACCAGGGCUGCGAGGCCGGCCGCCUGCGCGCCAAGUACUCGGCCCAGAUCGAGGACCUGCAGGUGAAGCUGCAGCAUGCCGAGGCCGACCGCGAGCAGCUGCGGGCCGACCUGCUGCGGGAGCGUGAGGCCCGCGAGCACCUGGAGAAGGUGGUGAAGGGGCUGCAGGAGCAGCUGUGGCCCCGGCCCGAGCACACGGCCGGUGAGGGCACUGCCGAGCUGGAACCCUAACGGCCGCAGCCCGGGCCUGCCCACCGGCGCGCGGCAGCCGCCAGCACACGUCUCACUGUGCCUCCCUGCGCGGUGUCAGCAGCCACAUGCUGGCGGGGCCACUGUCCAGGGACCGGCUCCCGUGGCAGCUCGUGGCUGCUGCUCCGCUUGCUAGAACAUUCUAACAUUUACACUUUUGUUAUAAGCUAUUUAAACCAAUAUGGAGACUUGAUACUCAGAAAACCAACCUUUUUUAAUGACCGACUUUUCAAAGCCUCAACACAUGACGCCAUCCGAGACCCGGGGCAGCACCGCCUGCCCGCCGGGAAGCCAUCUCCACCCCUCGGUGCCCACGGCGGCAGUGGACAGCACAGAUGUCCUCAGAGUCUAUUUUUUCAGCCCCGGGACCUGACUCCCUCGCUGCCGCCAGGAGUGGGGGGGGAGCACCGCGUGCGAGAUGAGCCCACACUGCCCGUCUGACGCCCCCAGCCAGGGCACCAGGAAGGGCAGGCCCAGGCGCUGUGCACGGACCGUCCCUCGGCCUCCUCGGCCCCGGGGCCCAUCCGCCGCCCGCAGGCACUGACCUGCGCCCGGUGGGGGGGCCUGGCCGGCCGGGCCCACCCUCAGCCCCUGAGCCCCAUGCCUGUGGCACCUCCCCCUUGAGGUCUGAGGCUGCAGCGUCGGAACAAAACGCAGCAUCCCAUCCCGUGUGCGCGUGCGUGCGUCCGUCCGUUCAUGUAACCGUGACCGUGUACCUAGAACUGCACUUUGUCCCCGCCCUGCUCCCGUCCCUGGUGAGCCGAGGUUUUCCCCGACGGAGCAGCCCGACCCUCAGUGCUGCUCAGGCCCUCUGGUGCUCGCAACAGGGAGUCCCACGGAACGGAGACGCCGCGCUGGACCGAGGGGGUCGCUCUGUGCCUUCCAGCAUCUUGUACAGCCCACCCUGACGCGUCUUACGCCCCCGGCACCCCGUCUCCAGAAGCGAUGGAACCUGCCAGAAUGAGUUAGUGCAUUUAUUCCAGAUAAUCUCGUUUACUCGCGACUGUUUAUGCAAAUCAUAGAAGGUUUCUGACGCCCAAGCUUGAAGAACGACUCUGCGGUGGACGAGAGGCGGCCACCAGCCCGUGAUCGAGG